AUGGGCGACGGUCAGACUCCAGCGGUGCUACUGUCUCGUCUUGGAAAGCUUCUUUGUGCACCUCCGCUCUCCAUCGAGGUCAUCCCAGGCGAUGGUUCCGACUGGCCAUCGGCUUGGCUAGGCGGUGAAAAUCUUCAGCAGGACCAUCGUCCUUUCCUAUACGUCGAGGGACACCUGGGAGUACCACACAAACUACUAUAUAAAGCGUAUUUGACUGCUCUCCGCGAAUUCGUACUCCUCAAGCCAACCUUUCGAGGCAUCUCGGACAGUCACGAUGACUCGCCCAACGCGGAAAGGCUCGCGCAAUUGACUGCCGUCAUAUUACUCGCGAAUCCUGCUCACCAGACCGCUUUGAACACAAGGAAACAGCUGGUCUCUCUGGGCCUGCUUAACACGGAGAUAGAACUGCAAUUCUGCGCGGCACUACUCGUCGUUCGAGAGUGUUCGAAACAGAGCCUUCUGUGGCACCACCGACGAUGGCUGCUCCAGCUGCCGAGUCCGCUCAAGUGUACAGGGAAAGGGUUCAAUAACCGGCCAGAGCACUCGGAUACCCUCCGCCGCGCCCUGCUGUCCGCUGUAUCGCUGCGCGCAGAAUUUUUAAUCGUCACCCAAGCUUGCGAGACGUAUCCCCGGAAUUACUUCGCAUGGAUCCACCGCUACUGCUGCCUCGAAGCCCUCAUCACACUCGCGCGCUCACCGACACCAACCCAAGACGCCGACCGCUCGCUGCUCCUGGAGGAGAUUCUAUUCGCCCGGACGUGGAUCGAGCGGCACGUCUCGGACUACACAGCCGUGCACUAUUUCCACAACCUGCACGUCCUCUUGCUACAAGAGGCGGACGUACCACUACCCGCGAACGCGUCUGCCGCGCUCGGUGCGGACCGCGCAGACCACCGGACGAUCCGCGCGUCGCUGUAUGCACACGCCAAGUCCCUCCUGGAGACGUACCCGGAGCACGAGACGAUGUGGCUUUACUUCCGGGCCGCGGUGCACAUCUGUAGUGCGGAUCCCGGUCUCCAGCUCGACGCGACGGAUGUCGCUGACGGUCACUCGGACUGGGAUGCUCCUUCCGCUCCGAAGCUGAUGACUCUCGGAAACGCAGAGCGACAUCAAGCCUGGCUUAGUCGGAAUCGCGAAGGCUCGACAGAUAGGCAACAACAGCUUCAUUCGUGGCACCGUUGA